AUGCCUGGACAUGGGUACAGGAGCUUCUGGGCAGAUUCGACCGCCAACGGCCACGCGGAAGUGCUUGAAGCGCUGCUGGACAAGUUGGUGAAGCCCCCGAGCGAGCCAGAUAGCGAUACGUGGGAAGCCUUACAGUACGCGCUGAUGGCGGCUGGGGAGCACGAGCACCUCGCUGUUCUGCAGCUGCUUGUGACGUGUUUCCUGGCUGCAAGUAGUACACACAAGAUGGAAGACGCAGCAUCUACAGUCACUUUAGUGCUGGAGGAUGCAGCAGCACACGGCAAACUCGCCGUCGUGGACUUUCUGGUUACACACGCGGCCCCGCUCUUGGUGGAGUUCGUGGAUCCAAGCGAGGAAUCGCCCGCCUUGGCGGCCGCAAUAAUGUGGACGUCGCGUGGCGCCGGACUGAACGACUUGGGGGACAGAAUUUAUGACGUCUAUCCGCUGAGACGUCACGAGAGGACUGGGCUGCUUCUGGAGCUGGCAGUCGACGAUAGCGUGGAUGCCGUCAGGUAUAUUCUCGACAAGGGAGUGGAUUUGUAUUUGGUGAACAAGGCGUUUAAGAAGGCGGCGAAGGCUGGUGCCGUCGCAGUCGUGCAGUUCUUGUGGACUUCGUUCGAAAUCUCGCCGGAAUAUUUGGACGAAGUGUUCAAAAAGACCGCUAUUUCAGCAGGGAAAGCAAUUCAAAUGAAGCAAGUUUCAGAUGACGCGACUGUUGCCGCCUUUGAACAUGCAGUCGCGGUCGAUUUUCGAGAUAAAUUUGCGAUCCUCGAACUGUUGCACAAGAGGGAGUGCAUUUCGCCUCAAGUGCUCACCGACGUUCUCGUGGUUGCAGCCACGCAGGGAAACUCUGCAUUCGUGGAUUUAGUGCGUAGCGACUCUCGUAUUCUGAGUGAGACGCUGGAUAAGGCUUUCGUGGAAUCGGUGUUUAGUGAAAACGGCAAUCAGAUGAAGGGACUGUUUGACAGCCAACUUGUUUCUCCUGCGGCGAUUUGUGUCGCAUUCGUCAUCGCCGCUGCUCGAAACCAACUUCAAACUGCGACCGCACUCGCGAACUACCUAUCUGUGGAAUCGUAUGCACCUCGACAUUUUAAGGACGUGGCGUUUGUGUUUGUGGCGGACAGCACGGGAGCAACUACAACUCAUAGAGGCGCUGAACCAAAAUGGAAACGGAGAGUGGUCGCUGAGCGUGCUGCAACAAGCCUUGGAGGCCGCGAGUGA